GAAGAAUGCGGAUGUGGUGCCACGGCUAACCAGGACAAGUAUCAUAUGGUUCAACGGCAGAAUCGAAGUGAAAUAGUGAAAAUAUUAACUAAAGACAUAAAAAAUUGGUACGGAAACGAGUAAUAACAUAGCCUGAACAUUUGAAAGAUAAUGGCGUCGUACGGAGGACAACCAAAACAACUGGAUUUUGCAGACUUCCAGCAGCUGAUGAGUCGUGAGGAAAUCCUUUGUCCUCAAUUGCACGGGGGUGCCUCCAAUUUUCAACCUGAGGAUUCACCAAACCGCUGCGUUAAAGAGGAGCCUCCACAGUCUCCUCACAUUAAAGAGGAAGAGGAGGAGCUACUGUCUGUCCACAUUAAAGAGGAAGAAGAAGAGUUCGAUGUCUUCAAGUUGCAAAUGACUGAUGUCUCUGUGAAGAGCGAAGAUGAUGAAGACAAUGAAGCGCAGCGGUCACAGUUGUAUCAUCAAAGCUCGAGCGGAGACCGUCGUGAAAGACCACCACCAGACAAGCUCAGGCCUCUGUCAGCCACUGACGACUUGGAAGAACAUUCAACAAGCGAUGCAGACUGCGCAGGUGACGACAAACAGCUGAAUUGCUCGGACAUGGAAGAUGCUCUCGUCGAUGAGGAAGCGUCACAAACACCUCCAAAAUCUUUUAUUUGCUCAGUUUGCGGCGAAAGCUUUGCUCAAGAAGCACUUCUUGAACACUUGAAAACCCACAACGGAGAAAAAACAUUUUGUUGCACAAUUUGCGGAAAAGCCUUCCCUAAGAAAUCACUCAUGCUUAAACACAGAAAAACACACGCAGGUGAAAAACCCUUUUGUUGCUCAACUUGUGGCAAAAGAUUCACUCUAAAUUCAAACAUGGUUAAACACAUGAAAACGCACUUGGAUGAAAGACCCUUCACUUGCUCAAUUUGCGGUAAAACAUUCUCUCGCAGGUCCAACAUGUUGAAACACAUGAGAACACACACAGGGGAAAAACCCUUCAGCUGCUCAAUUUGUGGUGGAAGAUUCACUGUAAAGCAAACCAUGACGGAACACAUGAAGAGUCACACAGGAGAAAGACCUUUUAGUUGUUCAAUUUGUGGUAAAACAUUCUCUCAAAAACGGCAUCUGGUGAAACACUUGAGAACGCACACAGGAGAAAAACCCUUUAAUUGCUCAAUUUGUGGCAAAUCCUUCUCAAGAAAGGACAAGAUGGAAACACACAGAAGAAAACACACAGAAGAAGAACUAAUAAGUUGCUCCAUUUGUGGUCAGAAUUUUCUGAACAAGCAAAACCUGCUCUCUCACAUGAAAAUCCAUGGAGGAGAAAAACCCUUUAGUUGCUCCAUUUGUGGUCAAAAAUUCACUCAAAAACAAAGUCUUAUAUCACACGUUAAAGCACACGCGGGAGACAAACCCUUUUGUUGCUCCAUUUGUGGUAAAACAUAUGCCAGAAAAGACUAUUUGGAGAUGCACAUGAGAAGCCACACAGGAGAAAAACCUUUCAAUUGCUCCACUUGUGGUAAACUGUUCACUCAAAAGUCAAUCAUGGUACGACACAUGAAAACACACUCAGGAGAAAAGCCUUUUAGUUGCUCAUCUUGUGACACAAAAUUUUCUUACAAAUCACACCUGGUGUCGCACAUGAGGACGCACACAGGAGAAAAACCCUUUCAAUGCACAGUAUGUGGUCAAGGGCUAUCUAAAAAGUCGUCUAUUGUUCAACACAUGAGAACACACACAGGAGAAAAACCCUAUAGGUGUUCUACUUGUGGUAAAAGUUUUGUUCAAAGAGCCAAUUUGACUGCACACUUGCAGGAGACACAUAACAAUGGGGAGUAAAUGAUAAGAAUUCCGUCACACAGACCCCAAAAUAAAAUUGUUUGCGCAUUAUGUUUUCACCAUUCAAUGCCUUGACAUUGUGCCGUGCGUCUCCUUUUGGUAGCAAAGGAAAAACUGUCUGCGGAUGUUGGAAAUUUUACAGCUGUGUUAACCUCUCAACAGCUAAUUACAUUCCUACUUGAAAAAAAUGAAUGUUCAAUUUUUUCUCAUAGAUUGCUGUAGGUCUCGAUCUCGAACAUUAUUUCUGCUGUUUCCUCUGUUGCAAUAUCUUUGUUGUUGAUGUCUGUAAUGAAAGCUAAUUAUUGUUUCUCAAACUUUAACACAAUUUUGUAAAUAUGGUAGAAAUAGGUAACAGUAGAGAGUGUCGAGUCGCUGCCGAACCCCGCGUCAAAAUGGAUUGGAUAUAAUUAAUAAUGGAUUGAAAUAGAUUUUUUUUUUUUUUACAUGGAAUAUGCUGAAUGUCUUCCAGCUAAUUUUCGCAUCAAUUUAUGAUUAUGCACCCUUUUAGUUUUAAUCCUAUUUGUAUAUAAUCUGUGUAAUCUGUAUACUGAGUGGUGUUUUCAAUAUCAUACAUUAAAUGCAUCUGUAGUUUGUGAGUUGUUUUUUUGCUAU